UAAGACGUGAAACUCAUUUGCUCUCGUGCGCGAAUUUUAAAUAUUUUUUUCUUAACACUUUAAAAUUAUGUUUCAAUUAAACGAGAUAAUAUUUUAAAGGACUACAAAACAAAAAUUUAAACAUAACUUGAAAUUUGCUUAGCAACUACAACACGCAUAUUUUCUUUGCAAAACAUGGUUAUUUUCUUCUAUGUGUCAUCAUUGUCGGUCAAAGAGUGAGAGAAAAAACGUAUUAAAUACCGUGCAAAAAUAGUAAAAAUUACAAAUCAAUGUGAUACUUAUGACUUCUGAGCUGUUGAAUAAAAGAUAUUGUAACUUUUGCAGAUGAAAUAUCAAAAGUGAAUCAUGAAUUUUCCCGUUUAUCUGCAUUUGAACCAACACACCCUGUUCAACAAUACGUAAAUAUUUUAGAAAAAAAAAAGUUUCUCUGAAAAUUUUAUGGAAAAGAUUUCACUCAACUUCAUAUGAAGAAUCAAAUGAAAUAAAAAAAGUGAUAAAUAGUGCAAAGAAAUAUUUUUAAAUGAAAGUGAAAAAGGAAAUUUUUCUCUAAUGAAAGUGUAUUACACCCAUUUGAAAUUCUGAUCGUGAAAAAAAAAUAACACAGUAUAAAAAAGAAAAACCUUCCGACAAUUUCCCGUCUGCAUACACUGCAUAGUUACUGAGAAAUGUUAUUUCGUAUCACGUAGUUUUUAUAUAUAUAUUGCAUUGAAUACCUACUCGAGAGACGAGAGGUGUACACACGGAAAAUCUAACAUGGUUGUAAAAUAUCAGAAACAUCAUGUACUUUAAUUGCAAAAACAAGUCAUAAUCUAUUCAAAAAUACGCCGCCAAUGAAAUUUGCUUAUAAGUUUCACACACAUUGUACAUAUUUUUGUUUUCAACAUUAAAACGAACAACAUAUCUAAAAGAAUUGUUGAAAUUUUUGUUCACAAAGUAUCUGAAAAUUAUUGAGGUAGAAAUGGCAGCAACCGUGUUGUUAGAAGCUCGACCUUACAGGCCAUUCAAAUCGAGCGAAGAAUAUUUAUAUGCUAUGCGAGAAGAUUUAGCAGAAUGGUUGAACACAAUGUAUCCCGAGUUGGAAAUUAACGUGGAAAAUUUUAUGGAUCGAUUGGAUACUGGAGUUGCAUUAUGCAAGCAUGCAAACAAUGUACGAGAAGCAGCCGAGGAAUAUUUAGCGAGACGACAAGCGAGGCAAAAGUCAAUGACAAAGUCCAUUACAUCGGGAUCUGCUGGACCGAUUUUGAGUUUGGGAAAUGUUCAUUAUUUGCCUUUAGCAAAGAGUGGUACAUUUUUCGCACGCGAUAAUGUAUCCAAUUUUAUCACUUGGUGUCGAAAAGGCCUCCAUAUUUUCGAGUGUUUAUUGUUCGAGACAGACGAUUUAAUAAUGAGAAAAAACGAAAAGCAUGUGAUAUUAUGUUUGUUAGAAGUAGCAAGGCGUGGUGCUAAAUUUGGUAUGCUUGCACCCAUGUUGGUUCAAAUGGAACGACAAAUAGAUCGCGAAAUUGCUGCCGAUAAUCGUGCCAAUGGUGUUGGAUGCGGUACUCAAACUGAAAUAAAUGGCAAAAAUUCCAUGUCGACCGAAACAGAGGGUUUUGAAUCAGAUUCAGAUGAAGAGGAAGAUGACGAUAAUGGACCAAUGUUGAUGUAUGGUCCAAUGCCGCAGAUCAUUACAAAUGACUUAAAGAGUCUAGACGAAAUGGUACGAGAUCUUGUUGAAAAAUGUACAUGUCCUACUCAAUUCCCAAUGAUUCGUGUAUCUGAAGGAAAGUACAGAAUUGGCGACACGAAAGUGCUUAUUUUUGUGAGGAUUCUACGAUCGCAUGUCAUGGUUCGCGUUGGGGGAGGAUGGGACACUCUUUCACAUUAUUUAGAUAAACAUGAUCCAUGUCGUUGCCGUGCACAACACAGAUCUGCUGUAGCUGCUCGUAUCAUGACAAGAACGAAUGCCAAUAACGGUAUUGAAUUACACAAAGCGCAGGUGUAUUAUGAAAGAUCACCGCCAGUUACGAGAAAAUUCAAUAAUGGUAUAGGAUCGCCAACUACGGCACACAAUGUGACAAGCCAAGCAACAGCAACGAAUAGUAAUGCGCUUUCGCCACAAACGAAUGUAAGAAGUCGUAGCAGAAGUCCAUCGCAACGAAAUGGAAUUGAUAAGACAAAAUUAUCGCAAAUCCCUCGUUCAGCUUCUCCAAACACAAAACGCGUAUCAGACAAAGAGAAAAAAAGACAAUUGUCAUUUGAGUCUAACAUUGUCAUCCCAUUGAAUCCUCAAGAAAUUUCUACACAAGCGACAAUGCAAGAAACAAAAGCGGAUUUACCUACAGAAAGUGUGAACAAAUAUGAGAAUGUUAGUGAUAAUGGAAGUGAAAUAAGCGAUGAAGGAUAUCGUAGUUUAGGUUUAAUUCAAAAUGGCAAGGGAGACAAGAGAUCUUCGAUGUUGAGUCAAGCUUCGAAUGAAGAUGCUGAAAAUAUUGUGCGUCUUGAUCAAAAUACCCCCGACUCGUCAUGCGAAGAGCAAUGUCUUAAAAUUGUUGAAAAUGAAACAAUAGAACCUUUGGAUACCACAAUGCCUGUUGCUGUAGAUGUAAUUGACUCCACAGAGUUACCAAACGAGGAUGGUCCUCAAGAAAACUUUACCAAAUCGGGCAUUACAAUAACUGAUGAUGUAAUCAUGUUAGAUAUUUCGAACAAUACAGGUUUGCGAAAAACGGGAUUCUCCGAGCAAAUUUACAACGAAAAUCUCAGUAGCAACAAGAAAAAGAAUCUCGUGAGCAAAAUUCCACGAUCUCCAAUGCCCAUACGCAGGAGAAGUGUCGAGAAUUUAUGCAUGACAGAAAUGGAAACAGGAUUACCAUUAUCUCGUAAAAUCCCACAAUAUAGAUCCGUUCGAAAGCCUACUGCGUCAUCAAUGGCUAAAGAAACUCCCAAAGAAAAUACUUGGUCUGGCAGAACAACGAAACGUCGACCUUCGUUGCAAAACGAUACUUUUCAACAAUCAAGUUCGAAACCUAAUUCACCGAGUCCCAAUCGUAAGAUAAUUUCAAAUGCUAAUCGUUCACAACAAGCGCAAUACGAUCAAAAUGGCAGGCGUAUUAAACCCAUUAGUGCUUCCGCUAAUACAUCUCCCAUUAAAAAUCGUAUUGUAUCGCCCCUUGCACAGCAAUUCCUCGAAGUUGCCGGCGAAGCGAAAGACGACGCUCAAUUUUUGGCUAAAAUGAAAGCUUUGCUUGAACAAUAUACAUCAAAAAAGACAUCUUCAUCCGUUAAUAACAAAUACAGUGAUAAUGAUUUUACUACAGCUUGGGUCAACGGAAAUGGCUCAGUAGUUGAUGAUGAGCAUGAUAUCGGAAACAACACAACACCGAAGAAAACCUCUUCAUCAUCGUCCGAAAUAAGUACUCCUAAAGAAACGUCAGGAAGCACUAAACGCAUAAGCGGAUUGUCACGAAUUCCCGCACCCGUCAGAAGCAACACGGGAAUGUACUGACAAAGGGAGCGCAGUUUUAUUUUUUAUCAGAACGGUGCAAAGCAAUAAUUUCAACGACAAAAAGAGAAUCAAUAUGUAUGUGUAACGUACAUAAAAAAGAAGAAGAAGACAAGAAGAUUGACAAACGAUUCAACAAACAUACAUCAUAUAUUAUUGGUAAUGUUAUAAAUUAAUAGCAUCACAACACGAACGCAAGUGUGACAAAAAUCAACAGAAGCAGACAGUUUAGACAACAAUUGAUAUUUCUAUUCAUCAUCCAACAAGAAUAUAUUAAUGUAAUUCAUUUCUGGUUUUUAAAUCAGGUAGGUGCCAUCAGAGUUGACAGACAGACAGUAUACAAGAAGCUGUAUGGCGGAAAUUUAUUCAAUGAUACCGUAAUCGGAUGUCGCAUGGAAGAAAACAUUAUCGGGCUCAAGAAACUACCAGUUCAAAAAAUGUCAGUCCAUAAGAUAUAACAUAGUAUAUUUUUGAGAUUAACUAAAACAAUUUUAAUUGUCAAACACAUAUAAAUCUUUUUAUGAUGUAGCAGAUAGCAAUUUUUAAAUGAUUCUCCUGCGGAUCAUGAUUUAUCUUGCUAAAAAAUUGAUAGAAUAGAUAUUUUUAUAUUAAAAACAAAGAAAAAAGGUAUUGAAAAGGCUUAAAUUACAAAAAAAAAAACAAAAAUGAAAAGAAAAAGACUUUUAGUAAAGAAUGUAUAGCUUAUAGCAAUGUUGUUAAAUGUAACGCAAUGAUAAGUUGGACUGAUAAAUUCAUAAAAAUCAUAUCUUCUUACAAGGAAUUUUGUUUUGUCAAUCACGCAUUUAUAUUUAAUUUAACUUUAUCAUUUUCUAAUGCUUACCUUAGCCAUAUUGUUAAAUUGUAUUAACAACUAUAAGUAUAUAUUGUAACUUAUAAUAAUUAUUUCUUUUCAAUUUAUUUAUAUUAAUAAGAAAGAAGAUAAUGACAGAACAGUAUGUCGGCCUUAUUAGUAGUAUAUAGAAAUCAAAUCAAAGACAGAAUUUUUGAUAAGUUUAAAUUUUAUAUAGUAAGUAGUGUAGUUAGAAAAACUAACCCUUUUUGCUGGAAAAUACCUAACAAUAUAUGCAAUCCUUUGUACUAACUUAGAUAGGAGUUUUAUAAAAGAAAAAUUAUUUUUCUUACGCAGUAAUAUAAUAUAAGAAUAAGAAAAAAAAAUCUUCAAUAUAACUUACAUGUAGGUAUUACUCAAAUAAAGAAAAUAUAACUACACUAAACUAUGAA